AUGUCAAGAUCAUCAUCCAGAAGAAAUAGUUAAGCCAUUGGUUCUCUCAUUAAUUAUGCCAACUCUGAUGAUACUUAUAAUGUCAAAGCAAUCCUUUAUGAAAAUCACAAUCAUAAUCUGUUAAUCCUAAAAACACAAAAACUAUAUACCUGUAUAAGAUUUGAUAAUAAAAGUAAUUCAUCUUUCUUGUUACAACAACAAUGAACAAUUAAGUGAAUUGUAUUUUUAAUACAUUUAAGCAUAAAUAGAUAAAAAUAUGUAUACAAAAGAAGAAGUUGAACAAUGGGUUAAUUAAUAAAAUGACGAAGGGUUCACUGCAUUGCAUCUUGCAGCUUAUCGAGGAUCAUUGGUAUUAUUAUAUAUAAUAAUAGAAAACCAUUACAUUACUUGAAUAAUAUGGAGCGAAUUACUUAAUAAAAAACUAUAAUGGUAAAUUAUAACAUCCUAUAAAAGAGUUAACGGUCUUACAUACAGCAUCAUAAGGAGAUUGUCCAUUAACUAUAUAUUAUUAUCUCUAGAAAGGAAUACCAAUUAAUGUAAUAGAUAAUAAAGGUUCAUCUCCACUUCAUUGGGCUGCAUAUUCAGGAUCAUAUAAUGCCGUGAAUUUCUUGAUUUCAUGGAAUGCUAAUUUAAAUCUUCAAGAUACAGAUACUUUAGUUACUCCUUUGCAUCUAGCUACUAUGCAAGCCAAUUCUAGAAUUGUUAGAAAACUUUUAAUGAAAGGAGCAGAUCGUUCAAUUAAAGAUUCCAGUGGCAAAACCCCUUUGGAUUUAGCAAUAGAAAGUGAUUUCAAAACAAUUGAAACUAUGAUUGUAGAUAUUCUUAUUAAUAAUAGAGAGAUAAAAAUGAUAUUCUAAUCUUUUGUAAUGUUAGAUAGCCAUUCAGACCAGUGAAACAAAAAAGGAAUAGUUAAAUUGCCUUUCUAUCUAUGUAUAUGACUUGCUUUAUUUGUACUAUAGUAUUCACUUUCCCAUGUAAUGAAUUCAAUUUCAUAAUCUUUAGUUGUUAUUAGUACAAUAUGGAUGUGGAUAUUCUUUACUUUAACUAGUAUUACUGUGAUAUUUUUCUUUAUAUCUUGUGCCAAAGAUGCUGGAAUAGUGUAAACAGACCAUAAAUUAGAUAUGCUUUAAAUAUUAUAACGAUAUGAUUGUUCAAAUAUUUGUGCAGAUUGUAGAGUAUAUAUACAAACACUAAUAUUAGUUAGUUAGACCUAAGAGAUCUAAACAUUGUGAUGUUUGUUAAAAAUGUGUUAUGGUAUAUGAUCAUCAUUGUCCAUGGAUAAAUAAUUGUGUUGGAGCAAAGUAACUAAAUUAAUUAAAUUAGGAAUCAUUUUGUGUUUUAUUUUUUUAUUAUUAGUUUGUUUUCAGAAUUCAUUUUACAAUUAUUUAUACAAUUCUCUCAUUAUAAAUCCAAUACUGUUUAAAGAUGGUUUACUAAUACUGAAGAUUGGCUUUUAAAGGGAAAAGAGUUUACUUUUUAUUAUGUCAUAAUUUAUUGUUUUCUAUUUCUUGUACCUUUGGGGUAAUUAAAUAUUAUAAUUUAGUAUUCUGAUCUAAAUUUAAACAAUUAAUUUAUUGACAGGUUAAACAACUUUUGAAAGACAUAGUUUAGGAGCACCUGAUUCAAAAAAUGAAAAAUCAAAUGAAAAAAGUGCAAUAAAUAGAAGUGAAGAAUAAUCAAUGGAAUCUACAGAAUAAGGAUAAGGUGGAACAUAAUAAUCAAUUCAUGAUCAAUAAUUAAAAAUGGAGUAAUCACAUUUGAGUUUGGGAAACUGUUUUUAAAUGUGCUUUGUAAAUAAAAAGAAAAAAGAAUAUAGUAGUGAAUUAGCAACAGAAUUUAUUGAACUCUGA